AUGAUGGCCUUGAAGACCUUCUCUCUGCUCCUGAUGUCCCUGGUCCUGACAGCAGUGCUAGGGGAGAAAGAGGAGGCUCAUUUUUUCUCUCUCCUCUCCCUGCCCCUCAGACCCUACCCCAAGGUCAGUAGCUCUCAACUUAGAGGUCCAAGAUAUGCUGAGGGGACUUUCAUCAGUGACUAUAGCAUCGCUAUGGACAAGAUCCGCCAACAAGACUUUGUGAACUGGCUCCUGGCCCAGAAGGGAAAGAAAAACGACUGGAGACACAACAUCACCCAGAGGGAGGCCCGAACCCUAGAGCUGGCCAGUCAAUCUAACAGGAUUGAGGAAGCAAAGGAGAAGCAGAGCUCCCCACCCAAGAUUUCCACUGAUGCAGAUUUGCUAAGGGAUUUGCUGAUUCAGGAGUUGCUGGCCUGGAUGGUAGACCAGAUGGAGCUAUGCAAGCUCAGGUAG